GCUUAAGUUGAGAUUGGCAAUUAAAAAAACGCAGUGAGUGAGAGAGAGUUUUAGAAUUGUUUUCAGAAACAAACAGAGAGAGAUCAGUUGAGUUGAGUUGGGUUGAAGAAGAAGAAGACGAAGAAUGGCAAGGUACGAUAGAGCAAUAACGGUUUUCUCACCAGAUGGCCAUUUGUUCCAGGUCGAAUACGCCCUCGAAGCCGUCCGCAAGGGCAACGCCGCCGUCGGUGUCCGUGGCACCGACACCAUCGUCCUCGGCGUCGAGAAGAAAUCCACCGCCAAACUCCAAGACACCAGAUCAGUUAGGAAGAUUGUGAACCUAGAUAAUCACAUCGCACUGGCCUGUGCUGGACUCAAGGCAGAUGCUCGUGUCCUAAUAAACAAGGCACGGAUUGAAUGUCAAAGCCAUAGGCUUACAGUGGAGGAUCCAGCAACUGUUGAGUACAUCACUCGUUAUAUUGCUGGUCUUCAGCAAAAGUACACACAGAGUGGGGGUGUGAGACCAUUUGGCCUUUCAACUUUGAUUAUUGGUUUUGAUCCCUAUACUGGUGCUCCAUCACUUUAUCAGACAGAUCCUUCUGGGACAUUUUCAGCUUGGAAGGCCAAUGCAACUGGAAGAAACUCUAAUUCGUUAAGAGAGUUUUUGGAGAAAAACUAUAAAGAAACUUCUGGGCAAGAAACAGUUAAGCUUGCAAUCCGUGCAUUGCUUGAGGUUGUUGAGAGUGGGGGAAAGAACAUAGAAGUUGCUGUGAUGACUAAGGAGCAUGGCCUGCGGCAACUUGAGGAAGCUGAGAUUGAUGCUGUUGUUGCUGAAAUUGAAGCAGAGAAAGCAGCAGCUGAGGCUGCAAAGAAGGGCCCCCCAAAGGAAACAUAAUCUUAUUUUCGAUUUCUUUUUCCCCCUAGUUUUUAUUGAUGCUCGUAAUGUUAUUUGGAGUUGUAUUUGGUACUGUGGUUAAACCUGAAUAGUAUUGCCAUAAUGCCAUCCGUUUGGAUGCUAUUAGAGUUCUGAGGUGCGAAGCUUUUGAACCAUUAGAAACAUGACUGCUUCAAGUAUGAAAAUGGAUGGCUUUUUUAUUUUUUAGUUUUGUUAAAUUAUAUUUUUAGUGAUAGUUACAAGGUAUGGAACGUUAUGUCCUAAUGUAUGGUUUAUAAGUUGGAGGUCUGACUGGAUUUUAUAUACGAGCAGAAAUCUUGAUUAGGGCCAA